UGGAGGACGCCGCUGCAACAAGUUCCAAUCAAUUAUCAGGAAUAUUGGUCAAAGCAGUGGGACUACAAGUUUAAAAAAAAAAUGUGUCCGAGCCAUGUGCCCCUUUCGGUCCCAAGUUCCAGUGGGAUUUUGGAGCUUUGAGCUGGAGCCAGGAGGAAUGUGGUCCUGGGGGGGCACUCUGAAGUGUCAGGGUCCACAUAACAUGAUAAACUCCAGUGAUAAACUACAGCUGUUCUGCUCUGAGGGACCGGCCGGAUCAGGAUCUGAACAGAAGGAGACCAAAACCAGCUUGAAGCCCACAAUCCAAACCUAUUGUGACAAGUCUGCAUCAGUGAGAAAGAUGUCGCGCUUUCUCGACAUGGCAGAGUUUGGGGAAGCCGCUCGUUUCCUCAGGCUUACAAACCUGGAGCAGCUGGCAGCCAAGGCCCAGGCCUUUGAUGGAACUAAGAGGGUGUGGAUGGCUGAUGAGGUGGAGGCCUAUGUCGAGGUCGAGAUCCGAGAAUUAAAUGGGGACAAAUCCACUGUGGAGACAAAGGAUGGACGGUUCCUGCUAGUUAAGGAGGACGACCUGCAGCCAAUGAAUCCUCCAAAGUUUGACAUGAUUGAAGACAUGGCCAUGUUAACUCACCUCAAUGAGCCAUCAGUGCUGUUCAACCUGAAGAGAAGAUACGCCAUGUGGAUGAUUUAUACGUACUCAGGUCUCUUCUGCGUCACUGUGAACCCGUAUAAGUGGCUUCCAGUUUACACUCAGCAGGUCAUCACAGGUUAUAAGGGGCGUCGCAGAACUGAGACUCCGCCCCAUAUCUACGCCAUCGCCGACAACGCUUACACUGAUCUGCUGCAGAAUCGUGACAAUCAGUCCAUGCUGAUCACCGGUGAGUCUGGUGCUGGGAAAACUGUCAACACAAAGAGAGUGAUCCAGUACUUUGCCAUCAUCGCAGCCUUAGGAGAGAACAUCAAGAAAGGAGGUUCUCUCGAGGACCAGAUCAUUGAGGCUAACCCUGCCAUGGAGGCCUUUGGAAACGCCAAGACCAUUCGCAAUGACAACUCUUCACGCUUUGGAAAGUUUAUCCGGAUUCACUUUGGAACAACUGGGAAACUGGCUUCAGCUGAUAUUGACAUCUAUCUCCUGGAAAAGUCUAGAGUCGUGUUUCAGCAGGCGGGAGAGAGGAGCUACCACAUUUACUACCAGAUUCUGUCCAAUCAGAAGCCAGAGUUACAAGAUAUGCUGCUGGUGACCACAAACCCGUAUGACUACCACUUCUGUUCUCAGGGGGUAACCACUGUGGAAAGCAUCAACGACGGAGAGGAGCUUAAACUCACUGAUCAUGCCAUGGACAUCCUGGGCUUCACGGUGGAGGAAAAGUACGGCUGUUAUAAAAUAGUGGGGGCCAUAAUGCACUUUGGAAACAUGAAGUUCAAGAAGAAACAGAGAGAGGAGCAGGCUGAGGCUGACGGGACAGAGAGUGUGGACAAAGCAGCAUACCUGAUGGGCAUCAGCUCUGCAGAUCUGCUGAAGGGUCUGCUGAACCCCAGGGUCAAAGUGGGCAACGAGUACAUCGUCAAAGGACAGACAGUGGAGCAGGUGUACUUUGCGGUGGCAGCUCUGGCUAAGGCGACCUAUGAUCGUAUGUUUAAGUGGCUCGUGGGUCGCAUCAACUCCUCUUUGUACACAGCUCUGCCAAGACAGUACUUCAUCGGAGUCCUGGAUAUUGCUGGCUUUGAGAUUUUUGAGUUUAAUAACUUUGAGCAGCUGUGCAUUAACUUCACAAAUGAGAAGCUGCAGCAGUAUUUCAACCACCACAUGUUUAUCUUGGAGCAAGAGGAGUACAAGACUGAGGGCAUUGAAUGGACUUUUAUUGACUUCGGGCUGGACCUGCAGGCCUGCAUCGAUCUCAUUGAGAAGCCCAUGGGAAUCCUGUCCAUCAUGGAGGAGGAGUGCAUGUUUCCAAAGGCCACGGACCAGAGCUUCAAAACCAAACUCUACGACAAUCAUCUGGGAAAAUCCCCUAACUUCCUCCGACCACGACCCGACAAGAAACGCAAAUAUGAAACGCACUUUGAGCUCAACCACUAUGCAGGAGUGGUUCCCUAUAAUAUCACUGGCUGGCUGGAUAAGAACCGUGAUCCCCUCAACGAGACAGUGGUAGCGUUGUUCCAGAAAUCAUCAAACAAGCUGAUGGCUGGACUCUUUGACAACUACAUCAGCUCUGACAUGCCAUUGGACUCUAAAGGUGAAGCCAGGCCCAGGAAGAAGAAGGGUGCGUCGUUCCAGACCGUUUCACAGCUCCAUAAAGAAAAUCUGAACAAACUGAUGGCCAAUCUCCGCAGCACACAGCCACACUUUGUCCGCUGCAUCAUUCCUAACGAGUCCAAGAACCCAGGUGUGAUGGAACCAUUCCUGGUGCUGCACCAGCUCAGGUGUAAUGGAGUUUUAGAGGGAAUCCGUAUCUGCAGAAAAGGCUUCCCCAACAGGAUCCUGUAUGCAGAGUUUAAGCAGAGGUAUCGGAUCCUGAACCCAGCUGCCAUCCCGGAGGACUCGUUUGUGGACAGUAGGAAGGCUGUGGAGAAACUGCUCACUUCUCUGGACAUAGACCACACGCAGUACAAGUUUGGACAGACAAAGGUGUUCUUUAAGGCGGGGCUACUGGGGCAGCUGGAGGACAUGAGGGACACUCGUCUGUCUGAGAUUUUGACCACGGUUCAGGCCAUGUGUCGUGGCAAACUCAUGAGGAUGGAACGUGACAAGAUGAUGUUGCGCAGGGAUGCAGUGGUGGUGAUCCAGUUCAACCUGCGUGCUUUCUUCUCUGUGCGCACCUGGCCGUGGAUGAUGCUGUUCUAUAAACUCCGCCCCUUACUCCGGAGCGCGCAGGUGGAGAAGGAACUGGCUGCACUUAAUGAGGACUUCAGUAAACUCAAGGAAGCCUUUGACAAGUCUGAGGGAAAGCGCAGGGAGGCCGAGGAACGCCAAGUGGUUCUUGUUCAGGAGAAGAAUGACCUGGCCCUGCAACUACAGGCUGAGCAAGAUAAUCUUGCAGAUGCAGAGGACCGGUGUAAUCAGCUGAUCCAGUCAAAGAUCCACCUGGACCAGAAACUGAAGGAAAUGCAGGAGAGACUGGAGGACGAGGAGGAUGUCAGUGCCACAUUAACAGCUAAGAAACGUGUCCUGGAGGAGGAAGUAGUGACACUGAAGAGAGAUGUGGAUCAGCUGGAACUGACCCUGUCUAGAGUGGAGAGAGACAGACACGGGGUGGAGAACAAGCUGAAGAACCUCUCUCAGGAAAUGUGUACUCUGGAUGAGUCGAUCCUGGUUCUAGGCCGAGAGAAGGCUGCUCUGCAGGAGGCCCAUCAGCAGGCUCUCCAGGAUCUGCAGACCCAGGAGGACAAGGUCACGGUGCUGUGCAAAACCAAGUCCAGACUUGAACAACAAGUGGACCAUGUAGAGAGCAGCCUUGAACAAGAGAAGAAGGUACGUGUGGAGUUGGAGAGGACUCGUCGCAAACUGGAAGGAGAUCUCAAACUGUCCCAGGAGUCAGUACGGGACCUGGAGACCCAGAAGGAUGAUCUGGAAGACCGCCUCAAGAAGAAAGAUGGGGAGCUGGCCCAACUUCAGUCCAAACUUGAGGAUGAACAGAGCAUCGUGGCUACUCUGCAGAAGAAAAUCAAAGAGCUUGAGACACGUAUUGAGGAGCUGGAGGAGGCGCUUGACGCAGAGAGAGCCUGGAGAAUGAAGGCUGAGCGGCAGAGGAAUGACAUUGCACGAGAACUGGAGGAGCUGGGAGAGAAGUUAGAGGAGGCGGGUGGAGCUUCUGCUGCUCAGAUUGCUCUCAACAGGAAACGAGAGGCGGACUUCCUGAAGAUGCGAAGAGAGCUGGAGGAGGCGGGGCUUCACCAUGAGACAACUGCUGCCACUCUCCGUAAGAAACACUCGGACACUGUGACUGAGCUGAGUGAGCAGAUCGACAACCUCCAGAGAGCCAAGCAGAAACUGGAGAAAGAGAAGGCUGAGACCAGGCUCCAUGCAGAUGACCUGGCCUCCAAUGUGGAGUCCCUCACUAGAUCCAAGGGUGCAACAGAGAAGUUGUGCCGGUCAUAUGAAGAUCAGCUGACCGAGAGUCGUAAUCGGAUUGAAGACCUCCAGAGACAACUCACAGAAAUGUCUGCACAAAAGGCCCGUGCCAUCACUGAGACAGCGGAGUACAGCCGUCGGCUGGAGGAACGGGAUGCUCUGAUUGGUCAGCUGCAACGUUCAAAGGCAGGGCUAGCUCAGAACUCUGAGGAUUUAAAGAGACAACUGGAAGAGGAGAGCAAGGCCCGUGUGGCUCUAGCCCACGCGGUCCAGUCCUCGCGGCAUGAUUGCAGCCUCCUUCGGGAGCAGUUAGAGGAGGAGCAGGAGGCUCGGGCUGAACUGCAGAGGGCAAUGUCCAAGGCCAACAGCCAGGUGGCGCAGUGGAGAGCCAAGUAUGAGACUGACGCAGUGCUGAGGAUCGAGGAACUGGAAGAGGCCAAGAAGAAGCUGGUGGUGAAGCUGCAGUCUCUGGAGGAAGCAGUGGAGACAUCGCAGGCUAAGUGCUGUUCUCUGGACAAAACCAAGGUCCGACUGCAGACUGAGAUUGAGGAUCUGGUAGUGGAACUAGAGAGAUCUAAUGCUAACGCCUUAGCCCUGGACAAAAAGAGCAGGAACUUUGACAAGUUACUGACAGAGGCAAAGCAACGUUUUGAGGAGAGCCAGAGUGAGCUUGAGGUCUCUCAGAGGGAGUCCCGCAGUCUCAGCACCGAACUAUUCAAACUGAAGAACUGCUACGAAGAGGCUCUGGAACAACUGGAGACGGUCAAACGGGAGAACAAAAACCUGCAGGAUGAGAUUGUGGACCUCACAGACCACCUGGGCCGUGAAGGGAAGACCAUUCUGGAGCUGGAGAGGAUGAAGAAGGUUCUGGAUGUGGAGAAGAGCGAUAUCAAGGCAGCGCUGGAGGAUGCAGAGGGAACUCUGGAGCAUGAGGAGACAAAGACACUCAGAGUUCAGAUGGAGUUGCAGCAAGUGAGGUCUGAGAUUGAGCGCAAGAUUUCAGAGAAGGACGAGGAAAUUGACAACCUGCGGAGGAGCCAGCAGCACGCUUUGGAGACACUACAGACUAGCCUGGAGGCUGAGUGUCGCAGUCGCAGUGAAGCACAAAGACAGAAGAAGAAACUGGAGUCAGAACUCAACGAGAUGGAAAUCCAACUGAGCCACGCCCACCGACAGGCCGCCGAGAGCCAGAGGGUCAUCAGAGUGUUACAGACCCAGGUGAAGGAGCAGCAGGUUGACUUGGAGGAGAAACUUCAAGCGUCCAAUCAGCUGAAGGAGCAGAUCGCUCUGCUGGAGCGCCGCUGUUCACUGAUGAGCGCAGAGAAGAACGAGCUCAAAGAAGUGCUGGACCUGACAGACCGCGCACGAAAGAGCGCCGAGCACGAACUGGUGGAGGUGUCUGAGAGAGUGAACCUGCUGAGCACUCAGAAUACAGGUCUGGUGAGUCAGAAGAAGAAGCUUGAGACUGAUGUAUCUCAACUCUGUGGAGAAGUGGAUGAGGCUUUGACUGAGUCCAGGAGUGCAGAGGAAAAGGCCAAAAAGGCCAUCACAGAUGCAGCACUGAUGGCAGAGGAGCUGAAGAGGGAGCAGGACAGCAGUAAUCUUCUGGAGCGACUGAAGAAAAACAUGGAAGUUACAGUGAAAGAACUGCAGCUCAAACUGGAUGAGACUGAACAGAUGGCUCUCAAAGGGGGCAAGAAACAGCUACUCAAGCUGGAAAACCGCGUGCGGGAGCUGCAAACAGAAGUGAUGGUGGAACAGAAGAAGAGUGAGGAGUACCACAAAGGAGUGAGACGCUACGAGAAGAGACUGAAGGAGCUAACCUCUCAGUCUGAAGAAGACAGGAAAACACUGCUGAGGAUGCAGGAGCUUGUGGACAAACUUCAGAGUAAAGUGAAGUGCUUCAAGAGACAGGCCGAGAACGCUGAGGAGCAGGUGACCUCCAACUCUGUUCGCUAUAGAAAAAUUCAGCACGAGCUGGAUGAUGCUGAGGAGCGAGCGGAAAUAGCAGAAACAACUGUGAACAAACUGCGAAUCAGAACCCGUGAGCAGACUGUUAAAGUUACAGCACAGAUCGCGGAAUGAAGACACACUGUCACUGUGGUUUUUUGAACUUGUUGGAUCUUUGAGUUUUGUUAGUUUUUAUUCUGAGCCUGUUUGUGUUUGUGAUUUAAGGUCAAAAUCCUGGAAAAUGUUCUUAAAAUAUUGGCACAUUUUUCUGAACAUAACUCAAUAUUUUGGUCUGUUUGUGGCACAUUUGCUGUGCAUUUGUGUGUCAGUUUGGCUUUGAAAUGGUUCUUCAGGAACAUGAACAUAUUUUUGGUUUAUAGGUUUUAUGUUUUUUGUUUGCACCAGUCCGCAUACCAACAAACUCCCCCAGAAUCUAUAGAUAUUACCAAGAUAAUAUGUAAAAGGUUUUCACCUAAGAUACUGUUUUGAAAUUACAUACAUGUACAUGCAUGUUUAUGUCAUCAGUUUGCAGUGUGCAGAUGUGUGCACGCCGGUUUGCUGUGACGCCUUAUGGAAAAAUAAGUGCAACAAUAUUUAAAAUGUCUUGAAAAAGGCAGCAUGUUUUUUAAUUUAUGGAAUAAACAUU